AUGUCACCACCCACCACUUCCGCCCCGAUCGAACAACCUAAAACCAGCGCCCCACCUGCCUCCCUAGACCCGAAAACAGCACCUGCUGCAGUCCCGGCGACUGCGACGGCUCCUUCUGCACCAAGCGGGACGACCACAGCACCGUCUGCAGGAGCUGCGGGCGGAGUUGGUACUGGUGGUACUGGCGCAAGCGGGACAGAGGGCAUGAUGGUGGAGGGUUUCAUGAUGGGCAUGGACAUGGUGGUGCGGGACACGGGGGAGGACAUGGUGGUGAUGGGGGCGGUAGUGGUGGUGGUGGAGGAGGCGGAGGUGGUGGAGGCGCCUAAACUCAGUUUUUCAUUGAGCAGGUUUGCUCUAGAAUUGAUUGAGGGAAGGGUCCGUCUAGGAUGA